AUGGCAUAUCAAAAUCUUCGUGUAUUCAAAUCAGAUGUUAGUCUCCAAACACGGAAAGGAGUUGUAUAUGGUCGACAAACUCGAUAUUCCAAUGAGUAUUUAGGAAUUCAAUACGCAAAAGUAGAACGAUGGAAACCACCAGUUGAUCUUGCAUCGGAAGUAUUUCCACGUGGAUCAUUGCAAGCAACAUCAUUCGGUCCAUGUUGUCCUCAAAUUGACUUUGCAGGUAUUAUACCACAGCAAGAUGAACAAUGUUUAUAUCUGAAUAUCUAUACGCCAUUGAAAACAACAAAUCAGUCUUCGUUACCUGUCCUCAUUUGGAUUCAUGGAGGUGGUCUUCAAAUCGGUUGUUCAUCUCAAAGUAUUCCUGUUUUAUAUAAUGGUACAAAUAUAAUUGCUAAUUCACCUUCACAGCAAUCAGUUAUUGUUGUGACAAUUAACUAUAGAUUAAGUGUAUUGGGUGAUAUGUAUUUGACUGAAUUAGCACAAGAAAAUCCGACAACAUGGCCAACAGCUGGGAAUUACUAUUAUUUAGACAUGUUGUCAGCACUACGUUGGAUAAAUAUGAAUAUUCGUGAUUAUGGUGGCAAUCCGAACAAUGUUUUACUUUUCGGAGAAAGUCUUGGUGCGAAUGCUGUGAUUGACAUAGGUGCAUUGAGAGGAUCCUCUGAUCUGUAUCAACAUAUUAUCUCACAAUCAAGUGCAGCUGGAUUUCAUCAAUAUUAUUCAAAUAUUAGCGAUGCUCUAAAAGAAUCAAGCAAAAUUGUUCAGCAGAUGAAUUGUACCAAUAUAAAAAAUCGAGAUACUUUGACAUGUUUGCGUAAUUCUUCGAUCUCUGAUUUAAUUGCUGCAUAUAGCAUCCGUCAAGCAAAACCAAUAAUUGAUGGAUACUUUUUUCCAUUCUAUCCCCCAUUGGCAAUUGCGAGAGGGAAAUACAAUCAGAAUAUAAAUAUGAUAAUCGGCCGUAAUGAAUAUGAAACAACAACAUGUUCUUCUGAUCCUGAUAUGAAUUCUACUAGUGCCAUAGCAGUUAUUACUCAGAGUGUCGGACAAAAAUGGACAGAUGCAUUUGUUAAUAGUUCUCGCAUGAAUACAUGUUCAUCGAAUAGAAACGCGUCAAAUCGUACUCGUCGUAUAUACAACAAUUUAUAUCGGACAUAUGAACAACGAAAUUUAUUUUGGUACCAAUUGGAUUGUAAUCCUGGAAUAUGUCCUCCUAAGACAACAGAGGAAGGUAAGGGCUUAUGCAUUCAUACAGCAGAACUGCCAUAUGUAUUUGGAACUAUGAGUGAAAUGUAUUCAACAAAUUUACACAACUGUACAUGGGAUAAUGAAUCGAAAGUAUAUUCCAAUCGAAUCAUUUUACAUUGGAUUAAUAUGGCUACAGUAGGUGAACCAUUGAAAACGUGGCCAAAUUAUAGUCCAGAGUUACCAAAAUAUUUUCGAAUUACACCUUAUCAUGACUUUUCAGCAGCGCUAUCCACUCGAGACUGUUUUUUAAUCGAUCAGUUUGAACAGGAAAAUAUUCUGCUCAUGUUUGGGAAUUCGGAAAAUCUCAGUGCACAAAACUAUGCAAAUCGCAAUAUGUUCAUGCUUUUCAUUAUACUCUUAUUCCUCCCUUGA